AUGGAAGACGACGCGGCGCACAUGGCUUUCAGCGGCCCGCCUUCCAAUGACAUGGCCGCCAUGGCGCUGGACCUCGAUAAUCUCCCCCUCCUCGACAUGUCUCUGUCGCAUGGCCUGGACCCCUUUGCUGCGGGCUUCCACGACGACUCCUGUCUCGAUCACAACAGUUUUAACCACUGCAACAUCACCACAAAGAGCCAUGCCUCUGCUCAAAAGGCCCCCGCCAUGGCUCAGCGUAGCCUCUCUCAGACACACACUCGACAAAGACACAGCAUUUCCAACCCUUCCUCAGCUGACCAUCAUCAGCAGCAAACUUUUCCAUCGCCAUGGGAUACCUAUUUCAACAAUACCAUGCUCCAGAACAGCAUGUCUUGUGUCGGCUUUGACGUCUGCCAAGAGAACGAAUGCGCCGCCUCCGUCUGCAACUCGGAAUGCGACGCCAGUUGCCCCAGCCAAUGUGACGACAAGGACCACGGUGUCUGUUGCGACGAUGAUGCCUGCGGGCCUCCCGACCUCUGUGUCGACCAAGACUGCAAAGUUCCCGCUGUACCCUGUUCCCAAUCGGCAUGUCCCAUCUCCGACAAUGAAGCUGCUGCUGCCGCUGCGCUCACCUCGUUUGGCGACAAGGGCAUCACUGCCACUGCCCCGGCCACUUCGUCGCACACUGUCCCCCCAACUCCCAGCAUCGCCGAUGCUGGAUAUCUGGAUCUGCCUACCGUGCCUUGUUCCUCCCUUUCUCUGGACAACUCCUUUGGCAACACUCCGGCCUUUUCUGGUCAAAUGUGGGAUAUUGCUCCCGAGUUUAUUCUCGCCAAUCACAUUAUGCAGUACCAUGAUCCGACACAUCAUGAAAACCACAUGCACUCGUGUAUAGCCGAUAAGCCCAGUACUUUGAUGCAAAUGUGCUCUCUACCAAAGCACAGCCCAACUCCAGACGGCAUUAGCCCGCAUGGUGUGGACGCCAUUUGUGGUUUCCAGAUCCAGGAUCCCUAUGACUUUGCGCAACACAUCUUCCAACAGCAUCGCCCUGCGCUUAUGGCUAAUGGAAACAACAUCCACAGGACGCUACAAAACGCCUCUUCUCACCACAUGCUGGAUGACCACCACCACCAUCAUCACAACCACUUUUCUUCCACCACUUCUCCCUCGACCAACCUCUCACUGGCCACAUCCCUCUCUCCCACGCCCGCAUCUUUGCCUACCCCCUCCACGAUUGAAGGCACAAACUACUUUGCCGACAUGACGAGUGCUGCCGCCGAGUCGACUCCCUCUACUUCGCCGGAAGACCAGAACAUAUGCCGGUGGCUGAUACCCGAUGGCAUGGGUGGCAACAGAAUCUGCGGUCACAGAAGUAGUGACCACAAGUCGCUACAAGACCACUGCAAGGCAGAUCAUCUAAAGCAGAUCAAAAAGGACCACGCCGGCUUCUACUGUCAAUGGCAAGGCUGCACAAGAAACACCACCUUUAGCCAACGCAGCAAGCUGGAGCGCCACAUGCAAGUUCAUACUGGCUACAAACCCGUACAAUGUCAUAUUUGCGGUGCAUCUCUGUCUGCCAAGCAAUCGCUUGAGCAGCAUAUGCGCACGCACACUGGCGAGAAGCCAUGGGUUUGCUCUUUCGAGGGCUGCAACCAGUCCUUUAAGCAGCAAAGUGCCUUGACGAUGCACGAGCGUACUCACACUGGUGCCAAGCCUUUGCAAUGUGACAUUUGUGGCAAAAAGUUUGGUGAAUCCUCCAACCUCUCCAAGCAUCGUCGCAUCCACAAUAUCCGUGGCUCGCACGUCUGCGAGAUUUGCGGCAAGGACUUUCACAGAUUGGACCAGCUUCGCCGCCACAUGGGCACAAACCACAAGGACAAGCCGGAAGAAGUCAGCAAAAUUCUCAGCCGUGUUAAGACGGGCAGGAUAUCCAAGCCCAACAUCGCCGUCAUGUCUGGCGAUGGCCUUGACGACUUUGAGCAUCCCGACAUGAUGCAGGCCGUCUGA